AUGGCGUGGCGCCUCCCCCGCGUCCGGCGGCCACUGCUCGUCUCGGCCGCCGCUGUCGGUGCCGUCGUCACUGGCGGUACUCUAGUCUAUGCCACCACCAAGAGCCGCGGUGCACCGCGUGUCGCCAUGCCCAUCGUCCCCGUCCAGCGUGAUGCCCGCGGCAACAUCCAGCCGCCUUCCUUCCGGUCCGCCAAGUCCCGUGCCGAGCAGAUUGCCGACCUGCGCGCAUCACAACCUCAGCCCACCGACCCAUCACUACCACAUUCUUCUGAUUCUGCCUCCUCCUCCUCUUCACGGUCCGAAUACGAUCUCUUGAUUAUCGGUGGCGGCGCCACCGGUACCGGCAUUGCCCUCGACGCUGCCACUCGUGGCCUCAAGGUCGCCCUUGUCGAACGCGAUGACUUCUCGGCCGGCACGAGCUCCAAGAGCACCAAGCUCGUCCACGGCGGUGUGCGGUACCUCGAAAAGGCCGUCUGGAACCUCGACUACGGCCAGCUGGAGCUGGUCAUUGAGGCCCUCGGCGAGCGCAAGACGUUCCUCGAGAUUGCACCGCAUCUGUCCAGCCAGCUGCCCAUCCUUCUGCCCCUGCAGCACUGGUGGCAGGUGCCCUACUUCUGGGCUGGCACCAAGGCCUACGACCUGCUGAGCGGCUCCCAGGGCCUGGACGGCUCGUACUGGAUCAGCAAGUCCAAGGCCUUGCAAAAGUUUCCCCUGCUCAACGCCGGCCAUAUUGUCGGCGGCCUGGUCUACUACGACGGCCAGCAAAACGAUGCCCGCACCAACGUGUCCCUGGCCCUGACGGCCAUGCUCUACGGUGCCACCGUCGUCAACCACGUCGAGGUAACCAGCCUCGAGAAGGAUGCCUCCGGCCGUAUCAUUGGCGCGCGCGUUCGUGAUAUCCUGGACGACAGCAACUCAGACGACGCUUCCUUCUCGAUCCGCGCCAAAGGUGUCAUCAACGCCACCGGCCCCUUCUCCGACGGCAUUGAGCACAUGGACAACCCCACGAAGCCCGAGAUGAUCUCGCCGUCGUCCGGUGCCCACAUCAUCCUGCCCGGUAACAUCUGCCCCAACGGCAUGGGCCUGCUGGAUGCGUCCACCUCGGACGGCCGCGUCGUCUUCGUGCUUCCCUGGGAGGGCCGCACCCUGGCCGGCACCACCGACAGCCCGUGUGCCAUCGAACGCAGCCCCGAGGCCACCUCCGACGACGUCAAUUUCAUCCUGACGGAGGUCCGCAAGCUCGUCUCGCCCGACGCUCCGCUCUCGCACAAGGACAUCCUGUCCACCUGGUCCGGCAUCCGCCCGCUCGUCAAGAACCCGCACUCCAAGAACACCGAAUCGCUGGUUCGCAGCCACCUUGUGACCGUUUCGCCCUCGGGACUGCUGACCUGCGCCGGUGGCAAGUGGACCACCUACCGCCAGAUGGCCCAGGACGCCGUUGACGACGCCAUCCGUGCCUUCCACCUGACCCCUGCCCGUGGUGUCGCCCUCGAGGCCAUUGGCGCCACCACCACCCCGUUCACGCCCGCCGCCACCACGGGCGCCUGCGUCACCAAGUCCAUUCCCCUGAUCGGUGCCCACGGCUUCUCCCCUGCUCUCCCUGCUCAGCUCGCCGAGGUGUACCCCAGCGUCGACGCCGAUGUCGUGCAGCACCUUGCCGCCAACUACGGCGAUCGCGCCUGGACCAUUCUUGCGUCGGAGUCCGCGGCCGCCUCCCCAUCGCCGCGCCUGAUCCCGUCGUUCCCCAUCACAGAGGCCGAGAUCCGCUACGGUGUUCGUAACGAGUCCGCAUGCACCGCCGUCGACGUCCUCGCCCGCCGUACGCGCCUCGCAUUCGUUGACGUCCAGGCCGCCCGCGAGGCCCUCCCCCGCGUCAUUUCCAUCCUCGGAGACGAGCUCAAGUGGUCCGACGCUGUGCGGGCGCGGGAGUUUGAGCAAUCCGUGGCCUAUCUGAAGAGCAUGGGUCUGGAGCAGGUGCGGGCGGCCAAUGCCGCCUCGGCCUCGCAAACGCAGGCCGUCCAGGAGAGUGUGCGCAAGCCUGCCUCGGCACCGGCUGUCGACUGGGACGUUGAGAAGACGGGCACGAAAGUUGCCGGCACAAUAUAA